GUAAGUCAAAAAAAAGAAAAUAUUUUAUUUAAGUUUCAUUAUUCUUUCUCCAUUUCCAGGACACGAAUUAAAAAAAACUCAUUUCUUUUGUUUAUAAAGAUAGUAGUGUGAUGAGAUGACUUACUAGUCAUAUGAAGGACCCUGUAGAAAGAAAUAUUUCAUAAAAAAUAUCUUUGGUAAUAAUCGAUUCCAAAGAGAAAACACCCCCCUUUAACUUUUGAACCACGGGUCCAAAAAAUAUGAAAAAAGUCGUGAAAGUAAAGCUUAGUAAUAACGUUCAAUGAAAACUAUAGCGAAUAUGAUCGGUUUUUGCAAAGUCUUCCCUUUUAGUACAAACAAAGACGUACAAAGUGCUGCGAAGGUUUAUUGCUGAAUGUUUAUGAUGGUUACUAAUAGCCCCCGUUCAAGUGUCUCUGACGGAUGUGUAACUACGGCCGGUUAUCAAGCUAUUGCAAGCCUUUCCUUCUUAGUAAGGCAGUGUCUUACCUGAGCGAAUAACUUGCGAACGCGAAGCGGCGCGGCGCGGCGCGGGUGAAUUCAAUCUUUUGAUACCUAUGGAAGUGUCCUACGUGGGCGAUCUCCGAAUGCCGUUUUAGUGUUACGUAUUUAUAAAUUAAUUUAUUUAUAACAUCAGUACUCGUAUACCGUUAAGCAGUCUUACUUAAUGAAUUCUCGAUUGUACAGAAUAAAAAUAGUAACAAGACGAAAUUACUGAGUUUUAGAUAUUUUUUGACAAUGUGACUUUUUUGUAUCUAGUUCAUUUUAUUUUUAGACAAUUUGGGAAAUGGUAUAAUUGAUAAUUCAUCAAAACAUGAUCAAGUCAAGUUUUAGACAUUUUGGGAAAUGGUAGAAUUGAAAAUUUAUCAAAACGCGAUAGAGUCUAAAUGAAUUAUAGUCAUAUGUGUCAAGUAGGCGUAAGUCAUUUCGAACUUUGGACAUUAUGAGAAUAAUCUGUUUUGACAUUCUGAUAUUCUAGGAACACGUUAUUAUGAUAUUUGGCUGUAACGAACCGGACUCUUCCCGUUGAACUAUGAAAUUUGACAAGUAAUAUUUUCUUGCACUACAAUUACAGGGAAAAUCUCCAAACUAUGCUUGUAAAAAAAGUCACAUUUGUACGGAACCCUCGAUAGGCAAGUCCGACUCGCACUUGUCCGGUUGUUUUUUAAUACGAAACAUUAUUCGAGGAAACUGUAUUCACUUAAAUAUUUAAAUGUUUACCUACGUAUUCUACGUACCUACGUAAUUCUUACGAAACUAUAUAGAAAAAUGACAAUAGUCCAAGGGAGCGUCUUAUGUGUUUGAGUAGUGUAGUACUCGUAUUAUUUAAACUAAAUAGUAAUUAUGGACAAUAUGAAGUUAAUAAUGUUUUUCUUCCUGGUUCAUCAAUCAUCAGCCGUCAUUCAUCACUUAAAUCUCUUGGAGUACAGUAGAAUGCCAGAGCUGUAUACAAUGGAUGACUACGACGUAUGUCUUGCUGAACCGGGAGGGAAGUACUGCCUCUUAGUUGCAGAGUUGUAUUCCAAGGACCAAUCUGAACUCAUGCAGAUGAUACAGGAUUACUCAGAGGACAAAAUAAAGCAUUAUAACCACUCACUGGUACAUCGGGCUGUGUGUGUGACAAAAACUUGCAAAGAAUUCACGCAGAACAGAAGUAUAGAAAAUGAAGGGGACCUGAGAUCGGCCCUUGAGGAAUGUAUCGACAGUUAUAUGUGGAGAGAAUAUGAAUUGAAUGCCAGGUUAACCGACAUUCAUUACUGCAAGAAUCAUGGCGAGGAAAGACCAUACGGUGCUGGAGAUUAUGCAGUUGCUUGCGUUUAUUUGAUCCUGAUCAUACUAAAUACCAUCGGGACUUCUUACGACGUCCUGAAAGGGUAUACAGCAGGAAAUCCGUACUUACUGGCAUUUUCCGUCCGUAAAAACUGGAGAAAGCUGACAGCACCCAGUGGUAAGGGAACCGACCCGAGGCUCAACAGACUCCAAGUCUUCAAUGGGAUCAGUUUGAGAAGCUCCCACAAUAUCUCAUACUUAGAUCCCAUCAUCAGUUUUCUUAAACUAGUAUGUAUUUGUAUACCAUUUGUUGGCAGAACUUUGACAACGUUUUGCGUGUAUUUGGGGCACGUUGCUGUGAUGUGCUGUGCCUCGUACCUCAAGAAUCCUUACUACAUGGAAACGUCUUAUGAGGAAUUUUCAAAAUAUAUCCUGUUCAACGGAACACUGGUGGUGUACACGUUCUUCGUGAUGGCAGGCUUCAUGCUGGCGUUCAACAUGGAGCUGAAAGCUGAGAAGCACCGUUUGAGCUUAUGGGAUUGGCCUAAAGGCAUGCUGUUGCGGUGGCUGAGACUGACGCCCACGUUGGCCCUGGUCAUGUUCACUGUGAUGACAAUAAAUCGACACCUGGGAGACGGACCACAAUGGGACCUGAUCGUGACUAGCGAGGCGGACGCCUGCAGCCAGUAUUGGUGGGCACACUUGCUCUACGUCAACAACUACAUCUACGGCGACUCGCAUUGCUUCCCGCAGAGCUGGUACCUGGCAGCAGACACGCAGCUAUACGGUCUGGGUCUACUCAUGUGCAUCCUGUUCCGGAAGCCUCGAUCGCAGGUGCCAGCACUUGCUGUAAUGCUAGUCGUCGCCCUGGCCAUCCCCGCUGCGCUCGUCUACUUCCAGGACUUGGGAGCCGUAGUCUAUCAGUCUCCAGAAAGUUUGCGUACUUUUUACCACUCUGAUGACCCAUACCGUCUCAUCUACAUACGUGGACAUACCAACAUCGCGACGUACGUGCUGGGCGUUGCUGGAGGGCUGCUAACUUACUAUUGGUUCAAGAAUGAAAAAAGAGUUUCUCAACGUCUGCAGAAGUACGCAUGGAUAGUGUGGCUGUCAUUACCGCUCUGCGUCGGCACGGUGUUGUCAGGAGGCCUCUUCUACAUGGACUACUUCGAGCCCUCGACCCUUGUAAAGGUGCUCUACGCCGCCGUCCACAAACCCUUCUUCCAGCUCUGCUCGCUCAUUAUUAUCAUUGGCUGCAUCUUUAAGGUUGAGAACGUGUACCGUGGCAUCCUGGAAUGGCGCGGCUUCUCGUGGACGGCUCGCGUAUCGUACUCAGGCUUUCUUCUACAUACGAUAUUCCAACGCGACCUGGUGGGCUUACAGAGGCUGCCAACUAACAUGUCUCUCUUCCAUAUAGCAACAGUGCUGUCAGCGACCAUUUUCUUCGCGUUGACGGUAGGGGCACUCCUGUUCGUGACAGUGGAGUCUCCUAUAGCUACAAUCAUUAAGGUCAUACUAAUGCCAAGGAAGGACGAUAGCUCGGAAAAUGCUGUUAGUGUUACUACCAAAGUCUAGGUUAAGGUUCCGUAGGUUCAGAGCGGAAUUUUAGAAAAAUCGCACCGCUUUUUUAAGAUAACAAUACGGUUGUCAAAAAUGUCAUUAGUAAUGGUAAUCUAGAGGAUUUUCUCUAAGGACUUCAGCGAUUCGGAU